AAGUAUGCUGCCACUAAGUGCUUUCAAACUGACUGGAAAGGUUGGGGUCUGCAAGCUGACGAAGACAUGCCUGUAGGCACCUUCAUAAUGGAGUACGUCGGAGAGGUUCUUGACUACAGAGAGUUCAAGUAUCGUGUGAAGAAGUAUGACAAAGAGAACAUUCCUCACCAUUAUUUCAUGGCCUUGAAUGGCGAGGAGGUGAUUGAUGCUACGAAGAUGGGCAACGUAUCUCGAUUCAUCAACCACUGCUGCGAUCCUAAUGCGGAAACUCAGAAGUGGACGGUUGGAGGGCAGUUGAGGGUUGGCUUCUUCACCAUCAAGCCUGUUAGGAAGGGAGAGGAACUGACGUUUAAUUAUCAAUUUGAAAGUUAUGGGUUGGUAUUGCUUUCAAUAAAUUUUUCUUUCUUCACGUAG